AUGUAUAACGGCAUAGGGCUUCAGACGGCCCGCGGGUCGGGGACCAACGGAUACGUGCAGGCGAACAAAUUCGUGAUUCGCCACCGGCACACGAAAUUCGAGGCGAAAGAGUUCCAGGAAGGCGCGGGAACGGGCGGAAUUAGCCGCAAGGCGAACAAAGAGAUCCUGGAGCAUGAUCGGAAGCGGCAGAUCGAGCUGAAGCUGCUGCUGCUGCGCGAGACGCUGGAGGAGCAGGGGUACCUGGAGGAGGAGAUGGAGGAGCAGAUGGAGCAGGCGCGCGCGCAGCUCGAGGCCGCCAUGCGCGAGGAAUCGGAGGACCAGGCGCUGGAGUCGCUAGGGAACCAGACGCAUCAGAUCGUGGCGCGCAAGGAGAAGAAGAUGGAGACGCUCAAGGCCGCUCUGCGCAUUAACGAGUCUGCUAAAGAAGGGGACGCGUUCGACCGCGAGCUGCAGGAGCAGCGGCGGCAGGAGCGGCAGCUGGCGCGGGAGGAGGCGGAGGAGGCGCGGCGGCGGGAGGAGAAGGAGCGGGAGAAGGAGGAAAGGCGGAGGGAGAAGCAGAGACGGAAGGAGGAGAAAGAGAUGAAGAAGAGGCUUAAGAAAGAAGAGAAGGCGCGGAGGCGGGCGGAGGAGGAGGCGGCGGAGCGGGAGGAGGAGAUGAGGCGGAAGGAAAAGAAGGCGCGGAAGCUCCGGGAAGCGGAGGAGGCGCGGCGGGCGGAAGAGGCGCGGGAAGCGGAGGCGCGGAGGGCGGAAGAGGAAGUUAGGCGGAGGGAGGAGGAGGCGGAGCGCAGGGAGGCGGAGAGGUUGAGAUCGGAGCGGAAGAGGGAGGAAGGGCGGCGGAAGGACGAAGGGGAGACGCGGAGGGGAGACGAGAGGAGGGGGAGGGGGAGAGAGGAGGAGCAGGGGGGUGAGCGGAAGAAACAGCGGAGGGACGCGCGCGCCACUGAUGCUGCUGAUGAUGAUGAGGGCGAGGACAGGUGGAUGGCUGGCAAGAGCAUCUCGUUCAAGAAGCGCGAGGGGGUGAGGGAGGGGAGAGGGGAAUCGGAGAGCGAGGAGGAGGAGAGGGGGCGCAAGGGGGAGCGGGAGCGGGAGCGGGGGAGGAAGGCAGCGCAGGUUGAGAAGGACUCGGAGGCCCUAAACGCGCCGCUCCGCCCACGUUCAAGCGCGCCCGCUCCCCCAGCCCCAAGCGAGGCCGUUCCCCCAGCCCUCAGCGACGGCCAGUAA